AUGGAGGCCUUUAAUCAUGGAAAGAAAGCUCCUAAAGAAGGAAAUGAAAAAGCUCCUGCACACUAUGACUUGGCCAUCAAUGUUGCUUUGCAAUGGCUGGAUCACUCAGAAGACUUAACUUGGCUGGAGUGGGAAAAAGUGAAAAUGCCAUUUCAUGACAGACCUGUUUAUCCAAACCGGAAAGAAAGAGAAGCAAUGAUUUUAUCAUCUUAUGCUGGAAUCCUAAUGAACAGUAUCCCAAUUGAGGAAGUCUUUAAAAUGUAUGGAGCUGAUUCUUCUACCAGUUCUGGGGCUACUAAGGUUCCCCGAGCUCCACCUCUCCGCCUCUCCCUGCAUCCCUUUGCCAUGUUAACAGCACCCAAAGCAGCAGAAUACGCCCGCAAACAGAGUGUCAAGUUAAGAAGGGGACCAACAAAUAAAAAUGUCACGAGCAGCUCUGCAAGGGAAGCAAAUGCCACAGCGUGGAAAUCAUCAAAAAAUGUAUCUUUGGACACCCAGCCAAAGAACAAAGUCACUUAGAAACUUGGAAUUGCACCAUGGAAGUUCAUAAUAAAGUCUCUGGGAGAGGAAAAGAAACAUCAUCUUAACACUGCAACUCUUGCCAGCACAUUUUUCCUUACAGUUAGCUUGUGGUGC